AGGGCAACUUCAUGCUUUGGUGUAUAUAUUUAAUCUUUUCCAUAAAAAAAAUAAAAGUCUAUGUCAAAUUGUUUUUAAACGUAUUUUUUAAUGACAUUACACCAGGACAGUCUGAAAUAUCGAUUAUUUGUUUGGGACUAAUCGAGCGUAAUGUACAAGUUUGCCCUUUUACGGUCAUUAGACUUACAAAGUGGAAAACAACAUGGCUGCCAAUAACAUUAGGGUAGUAGCCUCUCAAGCCCAUAGACUUCUACUAGACCCAAGUAGAUUAUUAACUACUAAAUUUAUGCAACCAGUUAGAACUUUAGUUAAAAAUGAAAGUGGAGCAAUUCUUUCUAGGCCACAACAAGUUCGUUUUGGACUAAUCAAGGUGAAAAUUUGUUUAAAUAUACUUAGACUUAACUAACAUUAAAUAGCCACUUCGAUGAGAUCCGGGAAUUGCCGAAAACAGGGUAUCGUGAUUUCGUUAUCAAAAUGGCGACCUCCAAUUUUUAAUUUACCGAGACCCUCGUUGUUUACGAUUUUUUUGCUAAUUAUAGCCCAUCAAGAACAUUCUAUUUCCGCCCACAACUUUGAGUAGACAUGUUAUUUUAUGAUUAGAAUUAGACACUUUUGUUCUAAAAAGUAUUUGAGGUCUUAACUUUGAAAAUUGAAGGUAAAAUAAUGCUUAUUUUACUCAUUCAUCAUUCAUAUUUUUUUCUGGAAAGGGUGUCUUUCUUAAAUAAAAAGACAAGAAGGGAGAUAAUAGCAUACAUUACAACAUAUAAAAAAUUCAAGAGGUUGGUUAGCACCCAGUUCAAUGGUCUAAAAAUGCCUACCAAAUUUUUGUCAUGUGUGUCCCAAAACGACCUAUUAUCGAUAACGAUUUUUUUAUAAUUAAAAAAAAAAGUAAAUAACUUGAUUUACAAUGGAAAUCCAGCUUAUUACUCCAAAAUAACUCAACAAAAACAAAUAAUUUAAUAACAAUAAUUUAAUAAUUUAAUAAACAACAUAAAUAUAUUUUUUUAACUUGUUUUGAUGCUUUUAUUGAAGGAUAUUGACUUGGGUAGUGGGUUAAACUGAAUUAUUAUUAGCCUCAUUUUUAUUAUAACUAAUAUAUUAAAUAUAAAAGUUUAAUAUAUUAUAUACAGGCCUAGAAAAGUAUAGGCCUAGCUCCUGCCCAACUCAUUAUUUGUGUGACACAUUAUUUGUUAUUUGUAAUGAUAUUUUAAUGAAUAUUAUGAUUCUUAAAGAAUAGAUUAAGCAAAAAUGUAAACAAAAAAUAGUCACUUACCUUUCACAUUGAAAUAUCCUAUAUUUAAUCAUUAAGCAAAAAUGUAAACAAAAAAUAGUCACUUACCUUUCACAUUGAAAUAUCCUAUAUUUAAUCACAUAUCACAAUAUUUAACAAGAGAAUUAUUAAAUAAUCCUUGUAUUCUCAAAGAAAAAACACACUUUCUGCCACAAUAGUCCAAGAAUUACUUAAGAUAUUAUUAAUAAUAUUAAAGAACAAUCAUAAAAACUUAUACUUAAUGACUAGAACUUAUUUUAGUUUGUAUUAACCACCAAAGUUGAUUCUAUCAAUGCAUGUUAAUUUGUGAAACAAGAUUACUAACUUGUAAAAAAAUGACACUAUUUUUUUGUCAUAUUCAGACAUUCAUAUGAUAUGGGACUAAAAUACAUAUAUAGAAAAUGGUAAAAUAAAAAGUGUAAUCGUAAAUUUUAACUAAAUGAAACAAGUAAUCCCUUUAUUACUAGUUUAUGCUUAUAAAUGUUAAACAAUUCCACAGAAAAUUUGAAAUUUAUAUCUAAAGAAUAUUAUUAUUAUUAUGAUUCUAGGGAAAUUUAAAAAAAAAUAUUUAAACAAAAUUAAUUAAUUAAUUUCAAAUAAGUGACGAGUCAGCAUAUUUAUACAUGUUUUAAAAGGAAAAAAUCAAGAUUUUAAAAAAAAAUUUUGCUGAAUAUUAACAAAAGCUAACUUAUAUUUUGUGGCUUUAUUUAGAAGUACUCUUAUUUAACUAUGUUCCCUGUAAAUGUUAUAUUUUUGUCUCAUUUUACAAUAAAGUUAUAGGCAUUCAAAAAAAAGCACAUUGAGGGUCACGAAAUGUGGAGGAAAAUCCCAUAGUAAAAAAGUGCCUUUGAGGUCCCUACUAAAAAAAUCAUAACUUUUGAACACAUUGAGCUAGAAAGUUGAUCUUGGUGUUUUUGUAAUCUAUUCUCCAGGCUCUAUACAGCUGUAGUGUUUUUAUAUUUUUAAAAAUGUUUUGAAAUUUUAAUCAAAGGCCUACAUUAAAAUACACGAUUACACGACUUAACUGAACUUACUGAGUACUCCAAUAACUCAAAACUCCUCUCCAUACCCAGAGACUCAUAGAGUAUGAUAUAGUCUUUUUCUUUUACAGUCAACUUAGUGACUUACUGAUACUCAGGUGAAGGCACUUUGAUGAAAAUUUCACAAUUUUAAAAAUAUAAAUUACGGGCUAUAAGCCUAUAGAUAGGCUAUUGUUGAGAAUCAUGCCCAUGACGUCAUUUGCGUGUUUAUUAUAGUUGCAGUGAAUUAGGGUUUAGGUUAGUUAGGUUGAGGGAUUUGAUUUAGGGUUCAGGUUAGGCAUAGGGAUUGAUUUAUUUAGGGCUAGGGAUACAGUGGUGACAGAAUUAACUGGUUGUGUCAACCAAGAUGGUGGCCAUCGCGGGCAUUAUUCUCAACAUUUACCGUUGGUUGCCGUGGACUUGGGAUUGAAAACCACUUGUCUUUGACUUAGUUAGAUGAAAAUUUCAAACAAAUACUAAAAGUAUUAUAAUAAUAAUAAUGAAUAAUGCCAUUUGUCUUUGACUUAUACUAGGUAGUUCGGUAAGAUCUGGGAAGUGCUGAAAACCGGGUAUCGUGAUUUCGUUGUCAAAAUGGCGACCUCUUCACUUUUUAAUUUACAGAGAGUCACGUUGUUUACAACUUUUUAACUAUAUAUAGCCCAGCAUGUUAAUUCUAUUUCCACCCACAACUUAGAGUAGACAUGUUGUGUUAUGAUCAGACACUUGAGUCCUCCCAAAAAUUUUGGGGCUUCACUUUGAAAAUUGAAGGUAAAAUAACGCAAUUUUUGAUCAUUCAUAUUUUUUGUGUGGAAAGGACCCUUUCUUUGAAUUUCAGUGACUUUAUAAGUAAUGGCAUUAACUACAAUAUUUCCAAGACAUGCUAAUUUAGGCCCAUCAGUUUGGUCGUAAAUUCACCCAGAAAUUUUAAUCACGUGUGUCCCAAAAUUACCUAUUAUCGUUAAUAUUCGUUGCUAUGUUAAAUAAGCUGAUUUACUCUGGAAAUCCAGCCUAUUACCCCCUAAUAACUCACUUAAAAAUAAAAAUUAAAUAAUUAAUAAAGCAAAUACACAUUUUUAAUAUGAUUUGAUGCUUUUAUUGAGGGAUAUUAGGUUAAAAAAGCCUAAUUAAUUACAAUUAAUAGUUAACUAUUAGUUUUAUAUACUUUUAUAUGUAUACUAUUAUAUAUAUAUAUGUAUGCAUAUAUAGAGGCCUAGAAUAGUAUUACUAUUAUAAGUGUAGGCUUUUAAUCAAAGUGCCUACUUAUACAAGACUAGGCCCUAGGCCUAGUAAAGUUUUAUAAUAGUAAUAAUACUAUUAUAUAUGAUUAGGGGAUUAGGAAAAAUAGCCUUUAUUACAAAUAUUAUAAUAUAUAUAUAUAUUAGGCCUAUAUAUAAAUGUUUAUAUAUGUAUAUAUAUAUAUGUAUAUAUACAUGUAUAUUUAUGUAGAUAUUUUUAUAUAUAUGUAACUAUAUAUAUAUUGUAUAUAUAUAAAGGCCUAGUAUAGUAUAUAAUACCCGCCUAGGCCUAGCCCCAACUUACUAUUUGUUAGACCAAUCAUGAAUUAUAUAUUAUAUGUAAUGAUAUUUUAAGCUAUGCAAUCAUAUUUUAAUAAAUAUUAUUAUUAUGAUUCUUCAGGCAUUAAUUAAAUAAAAAUGUAAAAAAUUAUUCACUUACCUUUGGUAUUGAAAUAUCCUACAUUUAAUCACAUAUCACAAUAUUCCACAGGAGAAUUAUUAUAUAAUCCUCAGUAUGCUCAAAGAAACAACACACUUUCUGCCACAAUAAUCCUAGAAUUACUUAAAUUACUAAAGAACAAUCAUACAAAUUUGUACUUACCUCAAGCUACAUGUUGAUUUGUGAAACAAGAUUACUAAUUUAAAAUAAAUGACAUACUAAUUUUUUGUCAUAUUCAGACAUUCAUAUGAUAUGGUACUAAAAUACAUGUAUAGAAAAUGGUAAAAUAAAUAGAGCAAUCAUCAAUUUUAACUAAAAUUGAAACAAAUAAUCCCUUUAUUAUUUGUUUAUACUUAUAAAUGCUAAAACAAUUCCACUGAAGAUGUAAAAUUAAUAUCUAAAGAAUAUGAUUAUUAUUAUUUAUUUUGGGAAAUGUAAAAAAAAAAUGUUUAACAAAAUUAAUUAAUUAAAUACAAAUAAGUGAUGAAUCAGGAUAUUUUAUUUAUUUUGAUUGGAAAAUAAUUAAGAUUUAAAAAAAAUGUGUGCGUAAUAUUAGCAAAAACUAACUUAUAUUUUGUGGCUAUAUUUAGAAGAACUCCUAAUUAAUUAUGUUCCUUGUAAAUAUUAUAUUUUCAUCUCAUUUUAUAAUAAAGCUAUAGGUGUAAAAAAAAGAAUCAAAAUAAGGGUUAUGAAAUAUGAAGGAAAACCUCCUAGUGAAAAAAGUGGUUUUGAGGUCCUUACUAAAAAAUUCAUAACUUUUGAACUACUUGAGCUAGAAAGUUGAUCUUGGUGUUUUUUUAAUUGAUUUUCUUGGUUCCAUACAGCUGUAGCAUUUUUUAUAUUUUUAAAAAUGUUUUGAAAUAAUUUUCAUCAAAGUGCCUACUAAUGAAUGACAUUGUUGACUUUUCCUCAUUUCAACACUUGCCAUAAAGUUAAAGCAUCAAGGUAAUGAGUAAAUGUUACUUCAGCGCCAAUCAUUUUCCACGGCCACCAUCUUGGUUUCCAUGAGCCUUCUUAGUCUGGUUGAUGAAUCCCACACUAACUCCUUCAUAAACUUUGUUUUUGUCAUUUAUUUACAAAUGUGCCUCAUUGACAAUGGAAAUGGAAGGAAUUAAACUGAGCUCUUCAAUAAAAAAUUAAAAAUUUUCUCUUAAAUCUGAAAGAAGCCUAAAAAUAACAUCUAAUGAUAAUCCUGAAUCUACAUAAUUUUUAGUUUCUAUAAAUUUGGACUAUCCAUUCCAUGACAUUUCACACUGCUGUUAUCUUGGUUGCCAUGACCUGUGAAAUGACACAAUAAUAAAGUAUUAAUUUAAUACUUAGUGAACUAUUAUUUGUGAUGUUUAGAUGUAAAAAAAAUUCAAAUCAAUUUGAUUUAGUAUUGCACAGUUGUGUUUUUUGUUUGUUGGUAUAUAGUCUAUAUAAUAAUAAUAAGAAAAAUUAUAAAUAAUAAUAUUUAAUAAAAUAAGUUAAUUCUUUAAAAAUUGUCUGAAAAUGAAAUCCAAAAUUUUUAUCUGGGGUUCCAUGCAAACAGGAUGAUGACUGUUGAUUAGUCCAAGUGGAUGGAUGUGAUGGGUAAACCUUACUUAUUGGAACUGAUGUCCAGGGCCAUAGAUAAAAGGGAGACAAAUUGCACCAUCAUCAGGGAGCACCAAAAUUGUCAUUAUGGAUACACCAGAUGUUUAAACGUAAAUUUUAUAAGAAUGACAUACAUUUUUUUUUUUAAAUACUGCACUUCAGCUUUCACUUUUAAUUGAGAUCUAAGUGCAGAUAAUUUAAAAAAAAAUGUUAUGAACUAAAAACAAAUGCAACACUUGUUUAAAAGUAAUAAAAGAUUUCGCCCAUAAAAACUUGUUUAUACUUUUUUUAUUUUAGAUUGCUAUAACUAUCACUCCUUUUUUGCUGGGAGGAGCAACAUUAAGUCGAGAAUUUGCAGCAUGGCUAGAAGAGCAUGAGUUAUUUGUUCCAGAUGAUGAUGAUGACUAGACUGUGCUAGAAAGUAAGCCUGCUUUAUGUUUUAAAAAUUGUGUGGUUAAAUAUUCACUAUUACACUAAUCUCAGUGUAGAUUGAUUUAUAUGGCACAUGCAUUAUUUUAAUUUUUAGCCUUCAGAUCUUAGAUCAUUCACAUUCUAUCAAUAAUUGAUUCUUUUUUACAAUAAGUAAUAAAGUUUUUUUAUUGGGUGUUUAAUAUCAAUAGUUACCAUUUUACUUUUAUCUUAAAUGAACACAUUAAGCUAUUUUAAUCAAUCUGGUACAUAAAGAGAGUGAAACUUCUUAAUGCUGUUGGCUUAAUGGUAUUCCAUUUAGUUUGACAAUUUUCAAGAAUUCUGUUUAAUCUGUAAAUGCCAAAAAUUUUGAUAUUGGAAAUAUCUAGUCAGUCCAUUAUUAUUAUUAUCUAUUUUAAGUACCGGUACUGCUUUAAUCAUCAAUCACAAAAACAUUUUUACAAAUUUCAACUGUUCUUUUAAAUUCAUAAUUGAAAAAUGUAUUCUGCUAAUUAAGAAUGAAAGUCAAAUUAAUAAUUAUCUUAAUUUUUUUCAGAAAAAAAAGUUUUUACAAUGUCAGAAUUUGGAAAUGGUGAUUGUGCUAAAGGACUCCAAAACCUUCAUAACUUUUAACAAUUAUAACCACUUAAAAUUAUUAGAUUUUUAGAUGUGUAUAUAUCCAAAAAAUAUAAAAUAAUGUAAUCAAAAUAAUCAUAUUUAGCUUAGGCAGCAAAUGCACAACACUGUAAUUGUAAAAAGAUUUUUAAUGUAGUGAAACUGCACAUGCAAUUGUUAUAGUGAGACUAUCUACUAUAUAUUUAAUAAGAGAUAGACAUUCUUUUAUCCUUAGCUAAGACUGAACUAUUUUUCCCCAGAAAUUUACUUCACUUAUAUCUUUACUUUUUACAAUUAAUAUUGGGAAAUUAGGCUAAUAUAAUAAAAGACAAUACUACAAUUCCAGCUUAUAUAUGAUCUACAUAUUUUAAAGCUUCAAGAAGAUAUAUUUUAUACUAGAGAAAAUAAUGACCAUAUUCUUUAAAAUGGUUGUAAAAUUUAAGAUAAGCUGUGAUUGAAACUGAAAAGCUCCACAGCAUUUCAAAAUAGGAUGCUUUAUUUUUUUCUUAUUAUAGUAUUUUAAUAGCUAAAUCUUUUUAUAAAUUUGUCAUUAUUGGAUUUUUAUUAAAGAAAUUUCUAAUGGUAAUAAAAAUGUUUGUUCUUCUUUCUGAUGUUAAAAACUAAUCUGUAAGAGUCAGAUCUUUAUUAAUUUAACUUAAUUACUUUUUCUUAAUGUUUAACUAAAUGAAUGCUGUACCUUUGUUUUAUUUUGUGCAUUAUUUCCUUUUCCAGAAGAUUUGGUUUACCUGUUAUUUUAUGUUGUGAAUCUCAUCUCAAGAAUUAUAUAUCUGAUGGUUUGAAAUUUCAAUAUUUUUCCAAAGUAGUCCCUCUUUUUAAUACUGUAAUUAUGUCUUAAAAAUUAAAGCUCUGCAAACAGUGUGCUACAAAAUAAUACUAAUGUGUUAGUUAAAACGCCUCCAUGAGGAGGAAAAGCACAGAGCAUAAGUAUAAUAUGUAGAUAUGAUAAAAGCUUUUGUGAAAAAAAGGGACAUCAGUUAGCCUAUUACCAAGCCAUAAAAAAACUGGGAUACCGGUAACAAAAAAAUGGUUCAAUACUGACAGUUAAUAUGGAGCAGUACAGUGUUAUCUUCUACCUUUUAACAUUACUAAGUAUCUUACAUUAUUAAGUUUAUUUUUGCAUGUUUUUACUUGUGAACCCGCAAAAUUAUUGGAAAGGGCAGUGGUUCUCAACCUUCCUAACACCGCGACCCAAUAAUACAGUUUCUCAUGUCGUGGCGACCCCCAGCCACACAAUUUUUUUCAUUGCUACUUCAUAGCUGUAAGGAUAUGUGUUUUCACAUGGUCUUAGGCGACCCCUGGAAAAAAGGUCGUGCGACCCCAAAAGGGGUCGCGACCCACAGGUUGAGAACCGCUGGCCUAGGGUGUGCAGCGCAUGAAUAAGGUUGCUGACCUGUGUGAUAAACAAUAGUGAUAUUUUUCAGAUGUAUAAUACGAGUGCAUUAAAAAUUAUGCCUGUAUUUAUUACAAUAUUAAGACCCUAUACAAACUUUAAAAAUGUCUCUCCCUGCUAGGUUCACACAUUGAUGCUUUUAUGUUUUCAAAGCCCCAAGUAACCAAGCAGAAAAACUUAGUGAUACUAUUUAAUUUCUGUUUUGCUGUAGUUUUAAAGUGAUAAAACUAUUUUCAAGUAAGUUAAACUAAAUAAUUCUUUGCUGUAAUUAAAACUAAAUCCAUAAGAUUUUCUUUGUCCAUUUUAAUCAAUUAAACCAAAUGUAUAAGUAUAAGGUUACAUAUGUAUGAUUCACCAGCUACCAUUCAAUUACUUACUGGUCUUGUUUCUAAUGGCAGUUAUUACUCUCCAAUUACUAAUGAUUAAAAAAAACAUUCUUUCAAUAAUAUUCUUGAUUAUAAGAAUGGAAAUCUUUUUACUAGCUAUAAAAAUUAGGGAAUUUAGGUAGCCAUACAAGUAAGAGCAUUGAGGUAGCUAUGAAAAUAAGUGUAUUGAGGUAGCUAUGAAAAUAAGGGCAUUGAGGUAGCUAGUGGCUUUGACUUUGAGACUACCCAGACCUUCUAAUUCUAUAGAGUAUUGUUUAUAGCAUAUUCUUAUGACUUUUGCUGAUAAGUUUAAACAGUUAGAAUUAGUUGAAUCUGGCCAGAGCUAACUGCUGGUAAAAAAAAACAUAAAAUGUAAACUUGUAUCAUAGUUUUUCGAACUAAUGAGUGGGAACACCACACACAUUUUCGACUGGUAGAAAUUACCCUCACACAAAGUGGGUUUAAUUCUAUCAAUGUAGCCUAUCACCCUUAUUCUCAACUUAUUUUUUUACAUUCAAUUUUUUCUAGCGUAUGUGAUAAUGUCUUGAAAAUGAUAUGAUUCCUUGUAGUUGCUUUUAUAAGCAUAUUUUGACUAUAGUUUGUCAUUAUCAAGAAUAAAGUGCAAGCUCGAGUUGAUA